GCUGCUGCUGCUGCUGCUGCACACAGGAGGACAAACCCACGCUGUUUCUCCACCUCCCUCCAUCUCUCACUCUGCUUCCUCUCACUGCAGCGCUCUCUCUUCUUCCUCCUCCUCCUCCUCCUCCUCCUCAUUGUGCUGGUUCCUCAGGCGGAGGAUGGGUGGAUUCCUGAAUGAAGCGAAGGUGUGAUAUCUGAAGACUGACAGAUGGAUGGAUGGAGAGAAAACACAAGCAUGAUGCUGCCACCGCCGUCGCCUGCGCGGUGCGUCUGCUGAGCCAGCGAUUUCUGCCUCCACGCUGGUGAAACACUGAAAGACAGAGAGAGACAGAGGGACUCUGCAGCUCAUCUCCCGUGUCGCUGGUCCUCCAUCGCUCCGGCUGCUGUCUCGGAAGUGUUGAGGAAAAAGAAGAAUCGGAGUCUUCCUCUCUGUGUUGAGACCACAGCUGAGUCUGGGAUUAUUUCUCUACAUUAUAGAAGCUGUUGUGCGUUUUAAAACUCAGGUUUAAACAUUUGAGUUCACUUUGUGGUCUUAAAAGCUCAUUUAUUCAUCUGGAAACUUGAUUUAACCUCUUAAAAACUGUUGGAAACUCAACUCAAGCUUCACACUGCUGCAGAGACGUUCAUCCUGUGGGAUACUCUCCUGGACACAGCUUAAUCCUGUUGAAACUCGAGCACCACACUGGUGCGGAGAACUUGAAGACAGUUUGAAUCAACUGGAAACUCUUAACUUUCUCUGCUGAGUCUCUCCUCGAUGCCUCUGUGGACUCGUCUCAUUUAAAUCUGUCUCCGUCCUCUCUGGAGUUUCACCAUGGAGCUUCAGAGCGCCACCAGCGGUCUCCCCGGCCCACUUUCCCCCGGCCACCUCUCCCCGACUCUGGACUAUGCUGGCCCCCUCUCCCCAUCCUCGGGUGGCCCCGGCCCAUCUCAUGCCACCAGCCCUGGCCGGGGCACGAGCCCCAGCCUCAGCCCCAUCAGGGGGCCCAGCCCAGGUCCCGGAUUCUCGGGCCAGGCUGCCUUCAACUACAACCAGCUGGAGGGGAGGUUUAAACAGCUUCAAGAUGAGCGUGAGGCGGUGCAGAAGAAAACCUUCACCAAAUGGGUGAACUCACACCUGUCCAGAGUGUCCUGUCGGAUCACCGACCUCUACAUGGACCUGAGGGACGGACGCAUGCUCAUCAAACUGCUGGAGGUCCUGUCAGGGGAGAAGCUGCCCAAACCCACCAAGGGUCGGAUGAGGAUCCACUGUCUGGAGAACGUGGACAAGGCCCUGCAGUUCCUGAAGGAGCAGAGGGUCCACCUGGAGAACAUGGGCUCCCACGACAUCGUAGACGGAAACCACCGCCUCACGCUGGGUCUCAUCUGGACCAUCAUCCUCCGCUUCCAGAUCCAGGACAUCAGUGUGGAGACGGAGGACAACAAAGAGAAGAAGUCAGCUAAAGAUGCUCUGCUGCUCUGGUGUCAGAUGAAGACAGCCGGAUAUCCAAACGUCAACAUCCACAACUUCAGCACCAGCUGGAGAGACGGGAUGGCCUUCAACGCUCUCAUCCACAAACACAGACCGGACCUGAUUGACUUUGAUAAGCUGAAGAAAUCAAACGCACACUACAACCUGCAAAAUGCCUUCAACCUGGCCGAGCAGCACCUGGGCCUCACCAAGCUGCUGGACCCUGAGGACAUCAGUGUGGACCACCCUGAUGAGAAAUCCAUCAUCACCUAUGUGGUGACUUACUACCACUACUUCUCUAAGAUGAAGGCGCUGAAGGUUGAGGGGAAGAGAAUCGGAAAGGUUCUGGAUAACGCCAUUGAGACAGAGAAAAUGAUUGAGAAGUACGAGUCUCUGGCGUCAGACCUGCUGGAGUGGAUCGAACAGACCAUCAUCAUCCUCAACAACAGGAAGUUCGCCAACUCUCUGGUGGGAGUCCAGCAGCAGCUGCAGGCCUUCAACACUUACCGCACCGUGGAGAAACCACCAAAGUUCACAGAGAAAGGAAACCUGGAGGUUCUUCUGUUCACCAUCCAGAGUAAGAUGAGAGCCAACAACCAGAAAGUAUACACUCCCCGAGAGGGCAAACUCAUCUCCGACAUCAACAAGGCAUGGGAGCGUCUGGAGAAGGCGGAGCACGAGCGGGAGCUUGCUCUGAGGACGGAGCUGAUUCGUCAAGAGAAACUGGAGCAGCUCGCCCGACGCUUCGACCGCAAGGCAGCCAUGAGGGAGACGUGGCUCAGUGAGAACCAGAGGCUGGUCUCCCAGGAUAACUUUGGAUUUGACCUCCAGGCCGUAGAAGCAGCCACUAAGAAACAUGAAGCCAUCGAAACAGAUAUUGCAGCGUACGAGGAGCGCGUUCAGGCGGUGGUUUCCGUGGCAAAGGAGCUGGAGGCGGAGAGUUACCAUGACAUCAAACGCAUCACGGCCAGGAAGGACAACGUGAUCCGGCUGUGGGAGUACCUGCUGGAGCUGCUGAAGGCCCGCAGGCAGAGACUGGAGAUGAACCUGGGCCUGCAGAGAGUCUUCCAGGAGAUGCUCUACAUCAUGGACUGGAUGGACGAGAUGAAGAUGCUGCUGCUCUCUCAGGAUUAUGGGAAACACCUGCUGGGUGUGGAGGACUUGCUGCAGAAACACGCUCUGGUGGAGGCCGACAUCGGCAUCCAGGCUGACCGAGUCCGAAACGUCAACAGAAACGCUCAGAAGUUUGCUGAUGACAUGGAGGGUGAGACAGACAAACUGAUGGGUUAUAAGCCCUGUGAUCCUCAGAUCAUCAGGGAUCGGGUCGCUCACAUGGACUUCUGCUACCAGGAGCUGAGUCAGCUGGCGGCUGAGCGGCGAGCUCGCCUUGAGGAGUCCCGCCGCCUCUGGAAGUUCUUCUGGGAAAUGGCCGAAGAGGAGGGCUGGAUCAGGGAGAAGGAGCAGAUCCUGUCCUCCGAGGAUUAUGGGAAGGAUCUGACGGGAGCGUUGCGACUGCUGAGUCAGCACAAAGCCUUCGAAGACGAGAUGAGCGGGCGAGCUGGCCACCUGCAGCAGACCAUCAAACAGGGCGAGGAGCUGGUGGCCGACAAUCACUUUGGAGCCGACAAGAUAAAAGAACGCAUCCAAGACAUCCAGGAGCAGUGGGCGGCUCUGGAGCGUCUCUCUGCUGUCCGUAAAGCUCGUCUGCAGGAGGCCUGCAACCAACACCAGUUCCAGGCCGAUGCGGAUGACAUCGACACGUGGAUGCUGGACGUGCUGCGGAUCGUCUCCAGCGUGGACGUCGGCCACGACGAGUUCUCCGCUCAGGCUCUGGUGAAGAAACACAAAGAUGUGGCCGAGGAGAUCGGCAGCUACCGGCCCGUCAUUGAGGCUCUGCACGAUCAGUCUCGCACACUGCCGCCCGAAAAGGCCAACUCUGAGGAGGUUAAGAGCCGGCUGGCGGGCAUCGAGGAGCGUUAUAAAGAGGUGGUGGAGCUGACGCGGCUCAGGAAGCAGGCGCUGCAGGACGCUCUGGCUCUCUACAGGAUGCUGAGUGAAGCCAGCGCCUGCGAGGUGUGGAUCGACGAGAAGGAGCAGUGGCUCAACAGCAUGGAGAUCCCCGAGAAACUGGAGGACCUGGAAGUCGUUCAGCACCGGUUUGAGAGUUUGGAGCCGGAGAUGAACAACCAGGCAUCUCGAGUUGCCGUGGUGAACCAGGUUGCUAGGCAACUGAUCCACAGCGGACAUCCCAGCGAGAAGGAGAUCAAAGCCCAGCAGGACAAACUCAACACCAGGUGGAGUCAAUUCAGAGAUCUGGUGGACCAGAAGAAAGACUGUCUAAACUCUGCUCUUGGCGUCCAGAACUACCACCUGGAGUGUAACGAGACCAAGUCCUGGAUCAAAGAGAAGACCAAGGUGAUCGAGUCGACCCAGGACCUUGGGAACGACCUGGCCGGCGUCAUGGCGCUGCAGAGGAAGCUGACAGGGAUGGAGCGUGACCUGGCCGCCAUCGAAGACAAGCUGGGCGACCUGGGGAAAGAGGCGGACCGCUUGUCCUCCGAACACCCGGAGCAGUCUGAGGCCAUCAAGGGGCGUCUGGCUGGGAUCACGACCGUCUGGGACGAGAUGAAGGAAACCAUGAAGAACCGCGAGGAGUCCCUUGGCGAGGCCAGCAAGCUGCAGCAGUUCCUUCGCGACCUGGACGACUUCCAGUCGUGGCUGUCGCGGACGCAGACGGCCAUCGCCUCCGAGGACAUGCCCAACACGCUGGCCGAGGCCGAGAAACUGCUAGCUCAGCACGAAAACAUCAAAAACGAGAUCCACAACUACGAGGAGGACUACCAGAAGAUGCGGGACAUGGGCGAGAUGGUGACGCAGGGCCAGACGGACGCGCAGUACAUGUUCCUGCGCCAGCGGCUUCAGGCGCUCGACACCGGCUGGAACGAGCUGCACAAGAUGUGGGAGAACCGGCAGAACCUGCUGUCACAGUCUCACGCGUAUCAGCUGUUCCUCAGGGACACCAAGCAGGCCGAGGCCUUCCUCAACAACCAGGAGUACGUCCUGGCUCACACUGAGAUGCCCACCACACUAGAGGGAGCUGAGGCGGCCAUCAAGAAGCAGGAGGACUUCAUGACCACCAUGGACGCCAAUGAGGAGAAGAUCAGCGGCGUGGUCGACACCGGACGACGUCUGGUUACCGACGGCAACGUCAACGCCGAGCGCAUCCAGGAGAAAGUGGACUCCAUCGACCAGAGACAUAAGAAGAACCGAGCGGCUGCCAGCGACCUGCUGACGAGGCUGAAGGACAACAGAGACCUGCAGAAGUUCCUGCAGGACUGCCAGGAGUUGUCCCUGUGGAUCAACGAGAAGAUGCUGACGGCUCAGGACAUGUCCUACGACGAGGCCAGAAACCUCCACAGCAAGUGGCUCAAACACCAGGCCUUCAUGGCCGAACUGCAGUCCAAUAAGGAGUGGCUGGACAAGAUCGACAAGGACGGGAAGGCGCUGAUGGCAGAGAAGCCAGAGACGGAGGCCAUGGUUAAAGAGAAGCUGGCGUCCCUGAAGACGAUGUGGGAUGACCUCGAGUCGACCACACAGACGAAAGCCAAGUGUCUGUUUGACGCCAAUAAGGCGGAGCUGUUCACCCAAAGCUGCGCCGACCUCGACAAGUGGCUGGGCGGCCUGGACGGACAGCUGCAGUCCGACGACUACGGCAAAGAUCUCACCUCCGUCAACAUCCUGCUCAAGAAACAGCAGAUCCUGGAGAGCCAGGUGGAGGUGCGUCAGAAGGAGGUGGGGGAGCUGCAGAGCCAAUCGCAGGCCCUCAGUCAGGAGGGGAAAGGCUCGGAGGAGGUGGACGGCCAGAGGAUCAGCGUGGAGAAGAAGUUCCAGUCCCUCCAGGCGCCGCUGAAGAAGAGACGGGAAAACCUCAUGGCGUCCCGAGAGAUCCACCAGUUCAACAGGGACGUGGAGGAUGAGAUCCUGUGGGUCGAGGAGAGGAUGCCUCUGGCCACAUCAACUGACCACGGACACAACCUGCAGACUGUACAGAUGCUCAUCAAGAAGAACCAGACCCUGCAGAAGGAGAUCCAGGGCCACCAGCCGCGCUUCGACGACAUCUUUGAGCGCAGCCAGCACGUCCUGAGGAAGGACAGCCCGACGGCCGAGCUGAUUCGCCAGCGCCUCGCCGAGCUCCAGUCGCUAUGGGAUCAGAUCAAGAAAGAGACGGAGAAGCGUCACAGCCGCCUCAGCGAGGCCCACAAGGCCCAGCAGUACUACUUUGACGCCGCAGAGGCCGAGGCCUGGAUGAGCGAACAGGAGCUCUACAUGAUGUCAGAGGAGAAGGCCAAGGACGAGCAGAGUUCGGUGGCCAUGCUGAAGAAGCAUCAGAUCCUGGAGCAGGCGGUGGAGGAUUACGCCGACACCGUCCACCAGCUGUCCAGCACCAGCCGGGGCCUGGUGGCUGCCGAACACCCCGACAGUGAGCGUAUCGGCAUGCGUCAGUCUCAGGUGGACAAGCUGUACGCCGGGUUGAAGGACUUGUCGGAGGAGCGUCGGGGGAAACUGGACGAGCGUUUCCGUCUCUUCCAGCUGAAUCGGGAGGUGGACGACCUGGAGCAGUGGAUCGCUGAGAGGGAGGUGGUAGCCGGGUCCCACGAGCUGGGACAGGACUACGAACACGUCACUAUGCUGCAGGAGCGUUUCAGAGAAUUCGCCCGUGACACAGGAAACAUCGGCCAGGAGCGCGUGGACACAGUAAACCGUCAGGCGGACGAGCUCAUCAACACCGGCCACAGCGACGCCGCCACCAUCGCAGAGUGGAAGGACGGCCUGAACGAGGCCUGGGCCGACCUGCUGGAGCUCAUCGACACCCGGACGCAGAUCCUCGCCGCCUCCUACGAACUCCACAAGUUCUACCACGAUGCCAAGGAGAUCCUCAACCGCAUCCUGGACAAACACAAGAAGCUCCCGGAGGAGCUGGGCCGCGACCAGAACACAGUGGAGACCCUGCAGAGGAUGCACACAACCUUCGAGCACGACAUCCAGGCUCUGGGAACACAGGUGCGGCAGCUUCAGGAGGACGCAGUUCGUCUGCAGUCUGCUUACGCUGGAGAUAAAGCCGACGACAUUCAGAAGAGAGAAGGAGAGGUCCUUGAGGCCUGGAAGAACCUGCUGGAGGCUGCAGAGGGCCGCCGGGUGAAGCUGAUCGACACCGGAGACAAGUUCCGUUUCUUCAGCAUGGUGCGCGACCUGAUGCUGUGGAUGGAGGACGUCAUCCGCCUGAUCGAGGCUCAGGAGAAGCCCAGGGACGUGUCGUCGGUGGAGCUGCUGAUGAACAACCACCAGGGCAUCAAGGCGGAGAUCGACGCCCGCAACGACAGCUUCACAGCCUGCAUCGAGCUGGGCAAAGCCCUGCUGGCCAGGAAGCACUACGCUUCAGAGGAGAUUAAAGAAAAGUUGUUACAGUUGACGGACAAGAGGAAAGACAUGAUUGACAAGUGGGAGGACAGAUGGGAGUGGCUGAGACUGGUCCUGGAGGUGCAUCAGUUCUCCCGGGACGCAGGUGUGGCCGAGGCGUGGCUGCUGGGUCAAGAUCCCUACCUGUCCAGCAGGGAGAUUGGCCAGAGCGUGGACGAGGUGGAGAAACUCAUCAAACGCCACGAGGCCUUCGAGAAGUCGGCCGCCACCUGGGAGGAACGCUUCGCCGCUCUGGAGAGGCUGACCACGAUGGAGUUAUUGGAAGUGAGAAGAAUGCAAGAGGAAGAAGAGAAGAAGAGACAACCUCCGCCCACUGAGGCUCAGCCCGGCGACGCUGCAGCUCAGCAAAGGGAGGGCGAGCCGGUGUCUCAGAACGGGCUGCCGUCCGAUCAGGAGUCUCCCAGGCUUGACACUCCUGUCAUCAUCUCCCCUCAGCUGUUAAUGCUUCUGCUACUUUACGUUGUAAUUUAUAAACUCACCAUCUGGAAUAUGAACACCUGAGAAGUCCACCAACAAAACACACAGCCCCCCUUUAAAUCCCCAAACAGGGAUUUCAAAAUCUGUUCAUCUGUUAUAGUUUUUAUGGGCAUUUGUAGGAUAUUUAUUUCUGAAUGUAAAUCAUGGUGUCGUCAGCAUAGUGGCGAAUUAGGUAAUAAACAUAAAAUAAUGCACUAAAUAUAAAGAAUACAUUUAUCAAUGGCAACAAAUCAACAAAAACACUUCAAUAUUGUGGAUAUUCACCAAAAUAUAUUCAGAUAAAUUAUGUCUUACUAUUUUUGUCUUAAAAUAAAGGAUUUUAAGCUGCUAUAAGUUUAGUUUGAUCGUUUACACUUCACAUUAACAAUCUCUUAAUUUUUCUGUGUAAUCAAUCACAGGUUUGUGAUUUUAAUUUUAAACUGCUGCUCACUAAGAAGUUGAUUGUAGACCAUACAUUACUUUUAUAUAUAUCAUUUUUGUGUGUACAGUUAUUUACAAGACAUGAUUUAAAAGCCGCUUUAAAAAGAUAUCUACGUACCCCAAGUGUGUCUUCAUCCCACAGCCCAAAUUCACCAUCUUCAUUUUUUUUCAUAGACUGCAGAAUCAGUUCCUUCAUCCUCCAUCACAUCACAUGCUCUCCAUGCAGUGCAACAUUUCUCCAUGUAAAACAGCCCCUGCAUGUUAUUAACAGAUCUCACAGCUAAUAAUUUAUCAAAAUUUUAUUACGAAAUAUUGCAACAAAAUUGGAAACUCUUUGAAAUUUCAAAAAGUUAUUUAAAAAAAAGUUCUUGCAUCUAAAUAAUUAUCCUCAAGUCAGACUUUAUUUCAGAUUCACAAGAGGGUCACAGGAUGCAAGCACUGUAAAACGAAAGUAAAAAUAAGCAACUUUUAAAGCUUCUCAACAGAGAAACCGUUUCAUACAGAAUAUUUUUGACAUGCUUUUUGGAUCAUUCAGAAUGAAGUCCAAUUAACAAAAAGUAUUUAGAAAAAUAAGAGUAAAGUCAGUGCUUUGACUUUUCAUGACAGCAACACUUCCCUUACACAUAAUCAUUGUACACACUGACCACGUGUAUAUGAAUGACUCUGUGUGUGUGUGUGUGUGUGUGUGUGUGUGUGGACUCCAUCAUCAUCAUUAUAUUUAUAUUAUUAUAUUAUCAUCUCCUGUCACUGCAACACUGUUGUUUUGUAUUAUCAUUAUUAUCGGUUGUUCUCAUGUUUUAUUGUCGUAACUUCUUUAUUUCUCCUCAUGGUUUCUGUUGCAUGUCCAUCCAGCUCCUUCAUUGGUUCCCUGACUAACACACAUUCCCCAAUAAACCCCGUCAGAACCAA